GCAGCCGCCCCCAGCGGCCGCGCCGGCCGGAAGAGGAAGUGGAGCCGCCGCCGCCGCCGGCCGCGAAGAGGCUCCGCGACGGGGCGCCCGAGCCGAGGCCCUUCCCCGAGCAGGCGGCGGCGGCCGCGCACCAUGCGGGCCGCCGGGCUGCUGUGGGCCGCCCUCUGGGGCCUGCUGCUGCCGCCGAUAAAUGCAGAAGAGGGAAUCCUGCAUGCUGCUGGAAAUGGUGUACCUCCAAAAACAAAGGAUUACUGCAUAAUUUACAAUUCUAAUUGGACAACUCUUCCAGAUAGCCUCAACAAUGCUACUUUCAGGAUUCUGGAAAACCUGACUUCUACAGUACUCUGCAAUUCUUCUGAAGCUCCUUCUGGCUUAUUGAAGGACAAAGCAGUUGUAGUGAUGAGAGGAAACUGCACUUUUCUGGAGAAAGCAGUAAUUGCUGAAAGACUGGGUGCUAAAAUGCUGUUGAUUGCCAGUAAACCUGGGCUAUCUCCUCUUACAGAUAACAAGACUGAGUUUAAAGAUGUGACUCUUCCAAUUGCUCUUAUAAGAUAUAGCGAUAUAAUGGAUAUGCAGCUGACUCUUGGAAAUGAAAUUAAUGUGACUCUCUAUUCACCACCUUUGCCAGAGUUUGAUUGCAGUAUGGUUGUCAUCUUUGUAAUUGCUGUGUUUACUGUGGCACUGGGAGGCUAUUGGAGCGGAGUAUCAGAACUUGAGAAUUUGAAAGCUAUGGCAAAUCCUGGAGAGAGAGAAACAAGACGAAAGAAGGAGGAAAAUGUUACUUUCACCCCUCUAACAGUCAUCUUGUUUGUUGUCAUCUGUUGUGUCAUGCUAGUUUUGCUUUAUUUCUUCUACAAAUGGCUAGUGUACGUUAUAAUAUCAGUCUUUUGCUUGGCAUCUGCAAUGAGUCUGUACAACUGUCUUGCUGCAUUAAUUGGAGAAAUACCAUGCGGGCAAUGCAGGAUUAAAUGUUGCAACAAAAAUAUUGAAGUGAGGCUUAUUUUUCUUGCUGGAUUCUGCAUAGCAGCAGCUGUUGUCUGGGCAGUGUUUCGAAAUGAAGAUAGGUGGGCUUGGAUUUUGCAAGAUAUUUUGGGAGUUGCUUUCUGCCUAAACUUUAUAAAAACACUGAAGAUGCCCAACUUUAAGUCCUGUGUGAUACUUCUAGGCCUUCUCCUUUUAUAUGAUGUGUUUUUUGUCUUCAUAACACCAUUUAUCACAAAGAAUGGGGCAAGUAUAAUGGUUGAAGUUGCAGCUGGUCCUUUUGGAAAUAGUGAAAAGAAUGAUGGAAACUUGGUGGAAGUCCCUACUGAACGCUCAGCUCCCCAUGAGAAAUUGCCUGUGGUUAUUAGAGUGCCUAGACUUGAAUACUCUGCAGCAACACUGUGUGACAUGCCAUUUUCGUUGUUGGGUUUUGGAGACAUUAUUGUCCCAGGGCUUCUGGUUGCCUAUUGUCGAAGAUUUGAUGUUCAAACAAGUUCUUCUUCUGUAUAUUACAUUUCCUGUACAAUAGCUUAUGCUGUUGGUAUGGUGCUGACUUUUGUUGUUUUGGCACUAAUGAAGAUGGGACAACCUGCUCUGCUCUAUCUUGUACCAUGUACGCUCAUUACUAGCUCACUUGUUGCUUGGAGACGAAAAGAGAUGAAGAAGUUUUGGAAUGGUAGCAGUUAUCAGGUAUUGGACUCCUGCAGGACGCCUUUGCUACAAGAUGAUGGAACACCUGGAUUAUGCAGGAAAUGAAGAAGGCACAGCAACAGCCAGUGAACAGCCUGAAGGACAAUAACACGUAGGAUCCUGAUUUAAAAUAGUGUUCAAAUUUUCUACAAAUGAAUUACAGUAAAUUUGGUUAAUUUUUACAAUAGAUUAUUUCAUAUUCCAUGUAAAAGUUUGGGCUUUUUUUUUUUUUUUAAAAACUCCUGAACCUAUAUUUUUAUGGAAAGAUAUUGUUAAUGAAAUAAUUAAUAGAUUUGCAUUUUUACAGCCAAACCAUAGUUAGUAAAACCGUGCCUUAUUUCAAUUUAAAUAAAAGGAUAUUUUCUAUGCAAUUUUCCAAAUGUGUUUCUAUACAAUAUAUUUUUAUACAAGUUUCUUGCCCAUAUCACCUUGAAGUGUGAAAUGUUUUCUUAAUUUUGAUUAAGAUUGGUCAAGUUUCACUUCUCGAAAUUAGUAGUACCCUUCAUAGAAUUUCUUUACAGAUUUUGAAUGCAAAGACUGAAAGCAAUGAAACUACAGGAACUAACAAAUGAAACUAUAGUUCCAUUACUACAAGUAAAGGAAUAGACAGUGCAUAUGUCAAUCUACAUACAUUGUAAGCCAUAAAAUAGAUAACAGGGCAACUUUAACUUGUGGUGGAAUGUUUUUUUCUAAUUGUAUAUAUUGCCAACCAUUUUUUUAAAAAUUGGCUUAUUUACACAGUGGCCCCAGAAAUUUAGAAGUUUAAAUGCAGCUCCUGGGAUGGUUAGCAAGCAAGAUGGUGCUAAAGGCAAGAGGGUUUUUGCUCAACAAGUGUGAUUUUAAUUAUUUUUGGGAAAAAAACCUAAAAUUUUAACUCUGGCCUGGCUCUUCUCCUACCCAUUGACACUUGGUCUAUAUUUGUGGUCUCUGUUUGGCUGCGGAUCAGUUCAAAGGGGUGGGGGGGUGGGGGGGGGAAAGGACAGAUUUUUUCUAGCUUUGCAUCUAACCAGUCCUGUAUUUUGGAAACAGUUUUGAAAAUUCUUUGCGGUUGAUAGACAAACAACAGGUUUGAAUAGUGCUAGUCUUGCUGUGUUAGUUAAGGCCAAUGCAUGUGUUUAACUUGUGGUUUAAUCCUAAUUUGUCUUAGUUUUUAAAUACUCUAAAGAAUUUGAAAAGGAAAAUUAGUUUAAAUCAUUAGUUUGCAUUUAGAAGAGUUUUGAGUUUGUUUGCUUGGCACUUCUUUUCUUGGGAAACUGCAAAUUGAGGGGAAUUAGGCAUAGAAAAUUUGUAUAGUUGUAAUGCUAACACUUUACACCAAAGAAGACUGGAGAAGGUAACAACAGGAAACUACUGAGUUCACUUACUGCUAAUGUCAGGUAGUCAUUAAAACAUUCUUCCUGUUCUUUAAAUGAAUGUCAUUCCUGUAGUCAGUACAAGUUUGAGAACCUUGGAGAAAACAACUGAAUAAGCACAUGCUGGGCAAUGGCAAUGCAGGUUUUCCUGCACUGCUUCACAUAAGUGCCUCAGUGUUGGUCUGAAGGUCACCUCUAGACAUUAAUAGAGGUUUUGGGGCAUGUCUGCUCAGGAAAAUUUACCCAGAUUAAAUCUAGUUUAGCUAGAUUUACUUUAGUCGUAUGCUAAUUAAGAGAGAUCCAUAUUGGCAGUUACAAAGGCUUACCACAAAUCUACUGCUUUACUUAAUUUAUAUCGUUUAAACUUUUCUCAAGAGUCCUGAUGUAGACAAGCUUAUAGUCUGAAUGUCAGUUGUUGCCAUUCACGCAGAUUUACGAUGAUGCUGGUUGAUAGGGGUGUGAGAUAACUAUCUUAAUUGCAACUUCCCUAAGACAACAACAAAGACAAACAGAUUUCAGCCCUCACUACGCUACUGAUCUAAGCUUGAACAGACAGCCUCAGAAUGGAAUGAUUUUUGCACCCCAUCUUAAAUUUUUAUUUUUUUUGAGGCAGCUGGGCUGACUGGCACUUAAUGACAAAUUAUGGCAUACCUCAGUGUCCUGAUAGCAGACUGCAAACUUCUGUUCUGAUGCGUUGUUGUGCUCUCUAGCAAGCCUGGUCUCUGCCAAAGUAAGUGUCUGGAAAGCUCUUUGAAAGAGGUAAAGAAGUCAUAACUCGUUCAACAUCAUGCAAUACUCAAAGCCCUUAGAAGCUUUAUAAACCAAUGUAAUAUGACUUCUUUUUCUCUCUGAAAUCUUCUGUGUAGAGGAUUUAUUAAUUUUUUAGCUAUAAUUGAUAAUGGAGCUAGUAUAAAUUAAGACCACCUUUGGCAACAUACAUAAGUGUAUUCAGCAGCUGGCUGUGGAAACUGUUUGGCUCUGUGCCUAAUUAUGCUCUAUGCCUGAUCUUGCCUGAGGUUUCACACACAUGUGCUGCAGUUUGAUGGGAUGUAAACUAACUCUUUUUUUUUUCUUUUGAAUGCUUAGGUGCUUUGUUUACAAAAAUUAAGAAUGGAGUUUAAAAUUUUGUAUAAGUAAUAGGUUAGUAUUGACUACUGAAAUGGGUUUUUAUAAGUUCAAAAGAACUGAUUGCAACACUCUUAGCAAUUUUGAAUGUUGUAAUAUUAAUUUGAUUGGGCUCAACACUAUGUUAAAAGCCUUUCUAGCAAUACUUAAUAUAAAAAUCUUACUACUUUGAUUGUAUGUUUACUGACAAAACCCCUGUCCUCACAACUUCUAAGUUAUCACUUUAAGAAUGUUAUUAAUAAAUGUUACUUCUAAAAAACCCAAAAA